CCAAGGUGUAACCGAUUUAUCAGUAAAAUCUGGCCGUCGAUUUUGACGUCCGUUGAUCGAGGGGAAUAGCGGGAGUUGAGUUCCAAACCCUUCUAGUACUCAACUACAAAACCAAACCCCCACCCCACGCAGGCGCAGGAUUCGCAGUCUUCGCACUCUACGCUUGUGUGCUGCUACGACGAGGGGAUCUACUCAGAGGCAAGUGCUUUUAGAUUUUUAUUCUCAACUCUUGUACCAUGGCGAUUGAAAAGCUUCUUAAGGAUGAGGCUACUGAAGAAAAGGGUGAGCGGGCAAGAAUGGCCUCCUUUGUCGGAGCUAUGGCAAUUGCUGACUUGGUUAAGACCACAUUGGGGCCUAAGGGCAUGGAUAAGAUUUUACAAUCUACUGGAAGAGGGCAUAGCGUCACAGUCACAAAUGAUGGAGCAACCAUCUUAAAGUCCCUGCACAUUGACAACCCUGCUGCCAAAGUCCUUGUUGAUAUCUCCAAGGUUCAAGAUGAUGAAGUUGGUGAUGGCACAACUUCUGUUGUUGUAUUAGCUGGGGAGCUUUUGAGGGAGGCAGAGAAGCUGGUAAAUUCCAAAAUUCAUCCAAUGACCAUCAUUUCAGGGUAUCGUAUGGCAGCCGAAUGUGCCAGAAAUGCAUUGGUGGAGAAAGUGGUGGAUAACAAACUUGAUGCUGAGAAAUUCAAAUCAGACUUGAUGAAGAUUGCAAUGACUACUUUGAGUUCCAAGAUUCUUUCACAGGACAAGGAACAUUUCGCUGAACUUGCUGUUGAUGCUGUCAUGAGGCUAAAGGGGAGUACAAAUUUGGAAUCCAUUCAAAUCAUAAAGAAACCUGGGGGAUCUUUGAAAGAUUCAUUUCUUGAUGAGGGUUUUAUCCUCGACAAAAAAAUUGGUGUUGGCCAACCAAAAAGGAUUGAGAAUGCAAAGAUUUUGGUUGCAAACACUGCCAUGGAUACUGAUAAAGUGAAAAUUUAUGGGGCACGUGUCCGGGUUGAUUCCAUGUCUAAGGUUGCUGAAAUCGAAGUGGCUGAAAAACAAAAGAUGAGGGAAAAGGUGCAGAAGAUUAUUGAUCACGGGAUAAACUGCUUUGUUAACCGACAAUUGAUUUACAAUUUCCCAGAAGAACUAUUUGCUGACGCGGGGGUAUUGGCAAUAGAGCAUGCGGAUUUUGAUGGUAUUGAGCGACUAGCUCUUGUUACUGGUGGUGAGAUAGCAUCUACUUUUGAUAAUCCGGAAUCUGUCAAACUCGGGCAAUGUGAGCUGAUCGAAGAAAUAAUGAUUGGUGAGGACAAGCUGAUCCAUUUUUCAGGAGUUGAAUUGGGUCAAGCUUGCACUAUCGUAUUGAGAGGCGCAAGCCCGCACAUGUUGGAUGAGGCUGAGAGAUCCCUCCACGACGCCUUGUGCGUUCUAUCCCAGACAGUGAAUGACAGCAGGGUUUUGCUCGGGGGUGGGUGGCCUGAGAUGGUAAUGGCAAAGGCUGUCGACGAGCUAGCUAGAAAGACUCCCGGGAAGAAAUCCCACGCCAUCGAAGCUUUUUCAAGGGCACUAGUGGCUAUUCCAACUAUAAUCGCUGAUAAUGCUGGUCUGGACAGUGCCGAAUUAGUCGCCCAGCUUCGCGCAGAGCACCACAAGGAGGAAAGCAAUGCAGGGAUCGAUGUCAUCACUGGAUCUGUUGGAGACAUGGCGGAGCUAGGAAUCUCCGAGGCGUUCAAAGUGAAGCAGGCAGUUCUGCUCUCUGCAACUGAAGCUGCAGAGAUGAUCCUGAGGGUCGACGAAAUCAUCACUUGCGCCCCGCGAAGGAGAGAAGACAGGAUGUGAAAGGAAAGGUACGUAGGUUUGCAGUUUGGUUUAGAAAGUUGUUUGCUUUUUCAAGUUUUUCGAUACCCACAAAUCGAAUAUUGGCUUGGGCUUGCUUGGCUGCUAUCUAUCUAUCUAUCUAUCUAUCUAUCUAUCCCUAACUUAUAUUUAUUGAGAAAUUUUCAGUUUUGUUUUACUGUAGUUGUGGCAUUGGCUUUUUGGCUAUAUGUAUUUCAUGUCAGUCAUGGCUCUUAUUUUUAUUCAGUUUUCUAGUUUUGUUUUCA